AUGGUGAAAAAGGACUUGGGCUUUGGCGCUCCUUUACCUCAUAGCAUCAAUUGUGCAACAGCAUGGGCCAAUGAGGGCGAGAACACGUCGGAAGACACGACGAUAAGCGACUCGUUGUCAGAUCCAAAUGCCUCAGCCAAGCUUUCGCCUACCGUACGCAGCGGUACCAAUGCGCCCACCAUUGAGGAUAGGGGAAGGGCACCUGCGAGGCCAGGGCUGGAAAAGCUUGAAGAUGGCUGCGAAUGCCACAGAGAGGAGUCACUCGACGAGGUCGGGGCGGGCUUCCUGCAACGCGGCCCGGGCGAGCAGAUCCGCCAGGAGAGGCUUCGCAGUUGGAGCCGCGAUGUGCUCACAAGAAUUUGGAUGGGGGCGAGUACGACAGAACGCCAAGAUGUCAUCGGACAUGCCACAACGCCACAAAACGAAGCUGAAAUAGCGGCAUCACCUAAUUCUUCCUUAUCAGAGCACAACUACAGCUCAUUCGAUUCUUCUGGCUCUACCGAUGAAGAGUCUGAUGAGGACGCUGUCGAUGAUAGCAGGGAUGCGCAAAUUCUGCACUGCUGGAGACGUCGACCAGCCAUUCCUCUGGCGUUCCUCGGUGCCAGCCACGAGAAUGGGCACCUCAGUGAGACGCCUCCUCGAAGCCACGCCAGUGGUAAAGAUGCCAGCGUUGCCUUGCCACCCUGUGCUGAACCGCUGGUGCCGCUAAUGCCUCAUGCCAAGUUGACCACGCUUACGACGGAUCGACCGCGGCUCAUUAAGAAGAAGACAAGCUUUGCGCCCUCUCUUCGGAGCGUCGUGGAAGAGUCUAGGGCCGGACCAAGGGUGGUGUCUCAUAGUGCAAAGGAUGAAACGGCAUCGUCAGCCUCUUCGGGACAGGGCAGCAAGGAUAUGUGCUUCUCUCUUGAUCACUCCUGGCUUCUUGAUGACACCAGCGACUUUGGCCUAUGCAUACACCUCCUCGACAGAGCGAAGCUCAACCUUGUGCUCCCGCGGUAA